AUGGAUCUUCAUGCGGGGAUGAAGCGAAAGCUGUCGCAAAUCAGCAAGGUCAAGCCGAAAACGGACCACGGCCAGAGUGCGGAGCUGGCUAAUAACGCGGACGACGACCCGAGCCGGCGAUUCUUCCACAGCGAGGGCUCGCCGCGCGAGGGUGCCGGCAGUGCUGGCGGAAGGCUUGCCGCCGGCUCCGCGGCUGUGCUGAAAUCCGCGCUGAAAGGCGGAAAAGGGGGAGAGAAGGCGGGGAAGGACGGCGCGGGGAAGGGCAAGGGGAAGGCGGUUGGGUUUGCGGACUCGGAUCAGCGGGAGGAUGGCGGAGAGGCGGAGCUGAGAACGGGCGGAAGAGAGGUGCGCCUACCGACUGUUGCGGAGGGUGCUGGCGCAGAUUCCGCGGAGCCUGCACCCAUCAUAAGCUUCCCACACUCGACCCGUCCACCCUCCCCUCCAUCCGUCCCACUCCUACCCUCCAUGUCUGGCAGGGAGCUGUUGGAUCGCUUCACACCAGAGCAGAUGAACCGCUAUGAGGCGUAUCGACGGUCAGGAUUCAAGCAGGCCAGCAUGCGACGGCUGGUGCACGGGGUGGCAGGCAGCACAGUGAGUCCGCAGCUGGGCAUUGUGAUGGCGGGCGUGGCGAAGCUCAUGGUGGGCGAGCUCGUGGAGACGGCCCGCCUGGUGAUGGGUGAGAGGGGCGACGAGGGGCCCAUCAGGCCCACGCACAUCCGCGAGGCGUACCGACGGCUCAAGAUGGAGAAGAGGGUGCCCGUUCGAUCUCGACCGCCGCUUUUCCGGUGA